AUGCAAUCUCAAAGCGACAUGUCUGAUCAAAACAAGUUUCCCGCAUCUCCAAAUCAGUGUGCCCCCGCUUCUCCCAUUGACAGGCAGCAUACAACUACUGACCAUUCCGCGAUUUACCCAACUGAACCGUGCCACAAGACUGCUCAAAAGUUGGGCCUACUUUCUCCUAAAACCCGGCCCACUUCGUAUACACCGUACAGGUGUGCACCUGCAGAAGCAGCUUGCCAUGCAUCUUCAAACAUGUAUUCACCACGAUCAGGGCCCCCCUGCAUUUCACAGAACAGAGAAUUGAAUCUCCCAUCUCCAGCUGAAGAUCCAUUAAGGCUGUUUUCGCCAGAUCCGCACCACAUCAAUGGAUAUCAUAGCCACUUUGAGCCAUUCAAAUAUCCGCGGCAAAUUUCCCAUCAAACCCUUCCAAACUUCAUCCAGCCUGGCAGGUUUCCUCCUGCGGUUCCCACAUUCCCCGCAUCUGGCGCAACACAGCCAGACCACUAUUAUCCCAACGAUGCCAGAACAUACCGUUCAUCGAAACAGGGUCGUAAUAGGUGA